AUGGAAAAGACGCUGUUGGUUUUCGUAGCUCUUGUCCUGGUGUCCUCAUGCAAAGGACAGAAGUGGACGCCUCCAGGCUUUUGCCAUCAGAAAAAAUGUCCUGAAUUCAAAGUGGUUGAGACAAACCAGGAUUUUGAGGAGCGUUUGUAUGUUGCCACUGAAUGGAUUACCACCAAGGUAGAAAGCAGUAAGAGCAGCGAUUUAAUGGCUGCAUUUUCAAGGCUGAAGAAUUACUGCCAGAAACAAAAUGAAGCAGGUUAUGAAAUCUCUGAUGACGUCUGGCCUCGUCUGAUCACUGUCACAGAAGGGGAAGAUAGCUCCGCUGUGUCUAUGUCUUGGUUUGUUCCUCCUGGUACAAAAACACCUGAAAACACUGAUGAGUCAGUCACACUGCAAAGCAGACCUGAAGACACUGUCUAUGUCAGGGUAUUCGGUGGAUUUCCAAGCAUUGAGUCAGGUCAAGAAAAUGCAAAACUACUCCGUGAGGCUUUGGCUAAAGCUGGGAAAACCUUUGAUCCCAACACUUACUCUGGAGUUGGCUAUGACCACUACAUCUCUUUUACUCAUCACAAUGAGAUCUGGAUCCUCGCUGUCUGA